AUGGACGACAAGCGUGUCCCUUCGGAAGUAGCAUCUGUCGUUCUAAGUGACACGCCUCGAGAUUUGGAGUCUCAAAACUGCAAAAUUUACAAAUGUCACUCGGAAAAACGCGAUGACACACGGAAUGAAGAAAGCACGCAAGACGUGAUCAAUUUCGGGGAUGUACCUGGGAUUUACAUUGAGACUUCGGACGAGGAUGACGCAUCUGAAGAAUUGGCAUUGAGUGAUGUUGAGCAAACGGAGACUCAACUUCCACUUGCAACCGCUCCAGAAUCAUCUGACUGCGAAAAAGAAUUUGCAUCAAUUCUCCACGAGCGCGUUCAGAAGCUCUGGUCGGAGAUGACAAACCUUCGGAAGAACCUGAACGAAGAGACGACUCUCUGGAGAAAGGAGAAAGAGGAAUUUCGGCUUUUACGCGAGAAAAGCGACGCUCUUGCAUUUGAAGAGGCAACCGCGGCCGCACGAGCCGCAGCUGCGGCUUAUGCCAUUGAAUCACCGCUCUCGAAUGAUUUAAAUAAUAUCGUCGACAUUACAUCGGAACGGAGUAUCCUGGAACUCACGAUACUCGAGUACGAGAAAAAUCUUGCCAAAUACCACGAUCGACAUUCCCUCGAGCAAGCUGAGCAACGUUACAAUUCAUACAGACACGUGCUCGCCGAUGCCUACAAGCAGAAGCUGUCGGAAGUCGAACGCCUCUGCGACGAGGAAUUGGAGAACAUACGACAAAAUGCGAAUUAUCUAGAGGCCUUCAAGGAGAUCACGUCGCAGUGGUCCGUCGAUGAGAACAAUCACGGCGAUUCGCAACAACACAGUUGCGACGAUAAACCCGAAUCCACGGAAUCAUUUAAAAUUGUCGAAACAAGUCUGAGCAAUGACUGGUGCAUAUACAGGAAGAUUGACGAUGAGGUCAAUAUGGUCCCGGAAAUUUUGUCCGCCCGUUUCAAACGGGAAGAAGCGAUAUAGAAGCUUAUCCUGCUCUCUAUCUCGAUUAAUUAUUUUUAUUGUUAAUAUUAUUAUGUAAUUAUACACUGCGCAGCUUUUUUAUUUCUAUACUCUUCGUAAGAAAAUAAGAUCAACGUUUUUUCUUCUUGUACCUGAACAAACUGUGAUGACAUUAUAGAUAGCACGGUAGUUUCGACUGCUCUGGCAACAAUUAAAGCCACUUAAACUCAAUUUUUGUUAACCGCAUGUAUUUAAGACAUGUACGUCAUACACACAUAUAAAUACCAAGCGUUUUUAGUCUGAAUUUUAUAUUUUACAAUUUCUAUUUGAGAAUAUUAUUAUAUUUAUCUGAACAAUUAACAAAUAACAUAGUCAAAUUUUGUGUCACGACACAUUAUAGAAAAAAUUGGUUCUUUGAUUUUAUUUGAAAAUUUUAUAUUCUUUACGAAUUACAAGAUUAAAACAAU